AUGCCAAUUAUAGCAGAACGUGCUUCAGAAAAUGAAGAAAAAUUACCAAAAAAAGAAUAUUAUAGCGGUAAUCCAGCUCUCGAUGAAUUAUGUAAAGGACCGAGAAUGACUAAGGAAUAUCUGAGAAAACAUUGUAAGGAGCAAAGAUUAUAUCAAACUCCGCAUUUAAACGACGUACUGUAUUUACAUUUCAAAGGGUUUUCUUAUAUUGAAAAUUUGGAGGAAUAUACAGGGUUGAAAUGUUUGUGGUUAGAAAAUAACGGAAUUAGAGAAAUAAGCGGCUUAGAUAACCAAAAACAAUUAAGAAGUCUUUUUCUACAUUAUAAUCUGAUUAAAAAAAUCGAGAAUUUAGAAUGUUGCCCUAUUUUGGAUACCCUAAACAUAUCUUAUAAUCAAGUAAAGAAAAUCGAAAAUUUAGAUUGCAUUAAACCUCUCCAUACUUUAAACAUGUCUCAUAAUUACGUGGAGAAAUUGGAAGAUUUUGAACAUUUAACACAAUUACAUGAACUUUCCGUAUUGGAUUUAUCCAAUAACCACGUAGACGAUCCCCUAAUCGUAGAGGUCGUCGGCAAAAUGGCGGGCUUAAGAGUAUUGAAUCUAAUGGGUAACCCAGUUAUAAGGAAGAUUCCUGCUUAUAGAAAAACAUUGAUCAUAGCUUGCAAACAAUUACAAUAUUUAGAUGAUAGACCGGUAUUUCCGCGCGAUAGGGCAUGCGCGGAAGCUUGGGAAAGGGGAGGAGUUAUAGAAGAAUCGGCGGAAAGGCAACGUUGGAUCGAUAGGGAACGUCAAAAAAUGAUGGAAAGCGUCAACGCCAUAAUGAGGAUUCGAGAAAGGCAUUUGGAAGAGCGUAGACAACAAUGCGACAGCGGACAAGGGACUUCGGUGGGGGAUUCGGAAAGCGAUACGGAAAGUCUCGUUUUAAUUAACGAUAAUGUUGCACUAGAAAACGUUUCUUCCUCGUCGUCUUCGUCGUCAGACGAUAAUUUCAUGGAAGAUAACCAAAUAGCCGAUACGAGGGAGUACGAAGAAUACAGGGAAAGAAUUUUCGAUUUUAGUACUAAAACGUUCAAAAGUAGAUUUUUGGUCGAAGAAAUCACCGGCGAAGAACAAUUACCGACUACCAGUGCGGUAAACGAACGUACCGAUAGCGGUGACGUCGUUGAUCGUAACGAAGAAGAAGAAAUACCGAAAAACGACGAAGAUACCGACGAGAUUCAAGCGGAAAUCGAAGAUAUCGAUGUUGAAGAUACGAUCGAAAGAAAUAGACGAAAAGCGAAAGAAGCGGCGAUCGAAUUGGUGAAGAAAACGCGUUCCACUACGCGUUCGAUGACUUUCGAAGAAUUUUUGGAAUCCAGGAAGGAUCCAAAAAGGAUAUUCGACGAAAAUAAUACGCCUGAAGAUCCACCUAACGAAGAUACAACGACAGGAAACGACAAUUCCGAUUUCGGUCUAUUUUUAGAUAUAAAAGAAGAAGCUGGUGAUUCCGAUGAUACCGAUACGGAAGAAAAUGAAGAUAUCAAAGAAUCUAGAUAUAAAAAUGAAGAAAGCGACGUUCCGGGAAGAUUAAAUGUAACGGAAAACGACGUAGAUCGUACGAAAACGACGCACAUUGAAGAUGGAAGACGAAGAAGAAACGCCGACGCACGAAAACUAUCGGAAAUCGAAGAAAACGAAGAUACAAAAGACGAUAGGGAAGAAACUAAAGAGGAAACAGACAAUUUCGAUGACGUAGUAACGAAAGAACACCAAAAUGAAGAAAGCGACGAUUUGCGAAGAUUUAAUAUCGCCAAAAAUGACGUAGACCAUACGGUACCAAUGGAUAUUGAAGAUGUAGGAAGAAGAAGAAACUUUAAAGCUAAAAUAUCAGCAGAAAAUGGAGAUGAAAAAGAAGAUGGAGACGAUAGAGAAGAAAUCGAAGAAGGAAUAAUCAAUUGUGAUGAAUUAGAUACGGAAAAAGAACGAAAUGAAGAUGGCGACGAUACGGAAAUGUCAGAUAUAGAAGAUGCGGGAAGAAGAAGACACUUGGAAGAAACAAAACGAUCAGAAAUCGAAGAAAACGAAGAUACUGAAGAUGUUGGAUAUAAAAAUGAAGAAAUUGAAGACAGAUCUGUUAAUUUAGAUGACUUAGAUGAGGAAGAAAAACGAAAUGAAGAUGGCGACGCUACGGAAAGGUCGGAUAUCGAAGACGCGGGAAGAAGAAGACACUUGGAAGAAACAAAACGAUCAGAAAUCGAAGAAAACGAAGAUAAAGAAAGAAGAAGAAAAGUCGUAGGUAGAAUAUAUUCUGCUGAUACGGUCGCCGAAGAAAAACCGAUCGUAGAAAUGGAAGAAACGAAGAUAAUAGCUGAUAAUUAUGAAGAUGAAUCGUCCGAAAUCUUCGGGGAAGAAAACGAAUGCGACGAUUAUUAUAAGAGACAAAAAUCUUUGAUGAAGAUCAAGAAAUCGAUAGAAGAAAGUAGAAAUAAAAAAUCAUCGAUCGAAGACGACGACGAAGAAGAAGACGAAUACGAAGACGCCUUGGAGGACUUGGACGUUUACGUAGAAAUAGAUCGUGUCGAAAACGACGUUUCGAUUCAAAUGAACGUUGGUGAAGCGAAUACUGAAGAUGGAGAACGUUUGGGGUACGAAACGGAUACCUGCGUUAAGGACAAAAGGUCUUUCGAGCAUAUGAUUUUUUACGAGAAUUUAGAUAAAAGCGAUAAAAUUUCGAUCGAUAAUGAUGAAGUCGAUUAUGAGGAAUGUAGAAUACGAACCAGGGACGAAAUUAAAAAAAUAUUUUCGUAUAAACCCGAAGAUGAGAACGUCGAUGAUGUUAGAUACAAGGAAAUGUUGGAGUGGGAUAUCAAAUUACCCCCACAAAACGUGCAAAUUCUCCCGCCGAUAAAUAACAAGAAAGAUGACGAAGAAAGGGAAGAAACUUUGAGAUUGCUGAUGGAAACUAAUAAAACGCGAAGAAACGCCGCGGAAAAAGAAUACGAAAUCACGCCGCCAGGUAAUGAACGGCGUCGAAAGUUGAUUCGGCGAAUGCGCCGGCUCCCAAUAAGCCUUAAUGCUACAAAUUUUGGGGAUAUAAUAGAAGAUGGAGACGUUAUACUGUACCCGACGUCCAAAAUACAAAAAGAAGACGAUAAAUCGAUUAUAAUUGAAAAAAAAUUGAUUAUUUCUGAAAAUUUUCCUAUAUAUCAAACUAAAGAGGGACACACUGUAGAUAUUUCCAGCUCCAAGAACGAAGAAUUGGCGGAAAUUUCGAAUUCCCUGCAGAUUUCCAACAGUAUUUCGGAAAUUCGUCAACAGAUGUCGGACUUUACGACAAAAUUCGAUGAAUUCAAAGAGAAAUAUCGUUCGCAACGCGAAGAAAUCAUUAGAGAUUACAACGAAGCCGUUAAAAGAGAAUUGGAAGUCGUGGAUAAACUGAUGAUGGCUAAAGAGACUUUUUUGACGAAACGUCGGACGAAACGAGACGAUGCGAGACCUUUGACGUACGCCGAUUUGAAAAAACACUACGAAGACAUGGGAAUGACGUACGAAGACGAAGAAAUGACAAGUUUAGAUGAAGACGGCGCUAAAGAAAGUGAAGAUCUAUUCGAAGAUUGCGAAUUAUCAGAUGGAAACGUGCACGAAUUGAAAACAAGCGACGAGAAAGUUGUUUUGGGUGGUGAAAAGAUUGAAAUUCUCGAUACUUAUACGGUGGAAAAUCAAUUAGAACUCGAAAAAUCUGGAGAGUUGAACGGAAAAAACGAAAAUAGCGAUCCAGUUGAACGGAAAACUGGUUGUUCUUUGGAAAUGCAGUUAGCCAAGGAAGAGGAUUAG